AUGGACAGAGGUCCGAAGGCCUCCGGGGCCAAAAGCAGAGGCAAAGGUCCGGCCAAAAGCAGAGGCUGCGCUGCCCCCGACAACGCCUCAUGCGAGCCGGAACCUUCAGAGCUGCAGAGCCCCGCGGAGGACACUGAGGUGGCACCGGGGCAGGCGGGCGCGGGCGCGGGCACAGGCGGGGGAGGCUCGAGGGCUCUCGCUUGCGUGCCGCCCGCAGCAACGCGGAGGGCCCAGGAACGGUACCGCAGCCUCAUGCUCGGGCCUCUGGCCCCGGGGAAGCCUGAAGUGAUUGCCCCCAGGCCCGAGCCGGAAAAGGCCUCGUCUUUCACCGAGCGCCUGCGUCCCGACGCUGUGUUUGUGGGAACUGUGGGCCCAGUGGUGAGGCCGAAAAAUGCCCGCACCGGAAGCCGGCGAGGCCCUUGUGCGAAGAAGGUGCCGGGGAAAAGUGGUAGCUCCGCGGGAAGGGCGCCUCAGGCUACAGCUGGUGGGCAGCCGAAGACAGGGGCAGCCAGGCAGUGUCUUCCCCCUGGCUCAGUGGGGGAAGGAAAGAAAAUGGUGGAGACGCCUCCACGGGGGCGGCCCCUAGCGAUCGGAGGCAGCGCAGACACCCUGGAGACUGUGCAGCAGAAGCUGGAAGCUCUGGACCAGCAGGCCGACUGCGCUUACCUCAGGGUCUUGCAGAGGGCCGGGCAGGUGCGAUUGCCCUUUGUGGAGAAACGGAGUGGUCUCAUCAAGAGCAUCCCGGGCUUUUGGGGCCAAGCUUUACAAAACCACCCCCAGCUGUCUCUCUUUCUCAGCAGCCGAGAUAAAGAGGCACUAAGCUAUUUGAUCAGUUUGGAUGUGGAGGAAGUUGGCCCUACUAGAUUGGGCCACAAGAUCACGUUCUGCUUUGCCCCUAACCCCUAUUUCCAAAAUAAACUGCUCAUCAAGGAAUACAGGUGUAGCGCUUCCAAUCAGGUAAUUUCUUGUUCUACUACAAUCCAGUGGCUCCCAGGACACGAUCUGCACUCCAUGUGUCAGGGAAGCCUAGACCAGAACUGUAGCUUCUUUGGAUGGUUCGAAAACCAUGGUCCUCUAAGGUCUGACAAGAUUGCUGAGAUAAUUAAUGAGGAAUUAUGGCCCAAUCCCCUGCAGUACUACCUUAUGAGUAAAGGAGACUGUGGAGAGAAAGCAAAGGAAGGCAAGCCCGAACCAGCAGAGCAGCCAGGGGAGACCCCUGCGCCACGGGUGAAACCAUCCACCUGA